AAACACAGUACUCUGAAGCAGUCGCAUAUAUAAGCUCAAGCAGGGGCCGUUUCCUCAUAGUUCUCACACCUUUAUUAACUUCAUUUAUUUUAGCAUCAGCGAGUUGAGGAUGCCUUUUCUCGGACAGGACUGGAGGUCGCCGGGUCAAAGUUGGGUAAAAACCGAAGAAGGGUGGAAAAAGACAACAACAGACGACAAAAACAACAACGUCUCCGUGCAGAGCUUCUGCAAAGAGGAGGAGAGUUUCAACAAGGAGAACCUGCUGCUCUCUCUCAGCUAUGACAUGGCUGCCAAGAAGAGGAAAAAAGAUCUAAUGAACAACAACACAAAGGUCCCAUAUUUCCACAGGGAGAAAUGGAUUUAUGUUCAUAAAGGAAGCACCAAGGAGCGCCACGGAUAUUGUACACUGGGAGAGGCCUUCAACCGCUUAGAUUUCUGCAGCGCCAUCAAGGACACAAGGAGAUUUAAUUACGUUGUCAGACUCCUUGAGCUUAUUGCCAAGUCCCAGCUCCCCUCACUCAGCGGCGUGGCGCAGAAGAACUACAUGAAUAUCCUGGAAAGAGUGGUACAGAAAGUCCUCGAUGACCAGCAGAAUGUCCGCCCCAUCAAAGAGCUGCUGCAGACCCUAUACGUCUCACUGUGUGGGCUUGUUCAGGAUAUGGGCAAGUCUGUGCUGGUGGGGAACAUCAACAUCUGGGUACACCGCAUGGAGAACAUCCUGCAAUGGCAGCAGCAGCUGGACAAUAUCCAGAUCAACAGGCCCACAAAUACAGGCAUGACUCUGACUGACCUGCCUGCCAGUCUGCAGCUGAACAUCAUGCAGCGUCUCUCUGAUGGCAGGGACCUGGUCAGCCUGGGCCAAGUGUGUCCAGAGCUCGGGACCCUCACUGAGGACCGGCUGCUGUGGAAGAAACUCUGCCAGUACCACUUCACAGACAGACAGAUCCGGAAGCGCCUGAUGGUGUCAGAUAAAGGUCAUCUGGAGUGGAAAAAAAUGUACUUCAAGCUGAGCCGCUGCUAUCCUCACAGAGAGCAAUACAGUGACACCCUGCACUUCUGCACACACUGCCACAUCCUUUUCUGGAAGGACAUAAACCACCCAUGCACAGCCAACAACCCAGAAAGUUGCACCAUGGCCCUCUCCCCUCAAGACUUUAUCAAUCUUUUCAACUUCUGAUCCCUCCUGCAUCCAAACCACCUGAGUCCUGAUGAUCGGACUGUACAUACUGUUGCUGUACAUAUUGUUUUCUUUAAUAUUACGAUUCUUGGAUGUAUUUUAGUUGUGAAGAGAAUGGAGAGUGCUGAGGCAGUGGGACAAUUAUGCAAUUGGGUUUCUUUUGAGUGAGCUCUGAGGGGCCCCAGGGUGGGUUAACUGUGGAAAGCCAGUGGACGUGACGAAGAGCAAUAGUGAUGUCGAGGAAAUCGGGCUAUGUGUGAGGGGGAGGGGGUGGGGGGGGUACUUAACUGCUAGAGUUCAAUCUUAGUUUAAUGUGGUUUCUGAAAUUACAAUCAUAAAGUAAAUGCACUUUUUGAACUUUAGAUUUGAGCACCUGUUCCCCCCCCCAACACUUUGGAGUUUUUUUUUUGUUUUUUUUUUUUUAAAAAUCUUGUAUUUCUGUGCUUGUAAUCGUUCACUUCAAAGGAAAUAGGGCGAUUUCUAAAGUUGUAUGUGUUAUUAUGAGGUCUGUUCACAUGGGGAGCUGCAGUGUGUUUGGUGUUUAGAUGCAAUCUGCAGUAAUAUUCAUUUUGGAACCGGGAUGGAGAAAAGUACGUUAGGUUGCAGCGGUACUUCAAGAGAAGAUGAAUGUAAGUGUGAGUCAGUAAAUCAUUAGACUGGGUGAUGAUUCUUUUGACACGUUGAUUCACUGUACUAGUCUUUUCUAUUUUGUUCUUUUUCACUUUUAUAUGGAUUUGAUAUACAUAAUUUUUUUUUUCCAAUUGUGUUUUGUUUUUGUUUGUUUUUUUUUUUGCUGCAGGCAUCACAGCCACAGCACAGGAGUGCAGUAUUACCAAAGAUUGCUAUGAAAAUCAGUGUAACAGUGGUGUGUGCCUUUAUCGUGAAACUUGAAACUGCAUAGGUACAACUUGUGCCUUGUUUGCAAUGCUUUCAGAUCCAAAUGCUGUUAUUAUUUUAAACACCAAGUAUCUCAUUUACAGAAGGGUUAAGCUCUAAGGCUCUCACACCAAAGUCCACAGUUUGGGAUAUCCUGCAUGACACCGAGCUGAUUGUGUUUACUUAAUGAGAUUUUGGCAAGUGACUCAGCUUGCACACUUGGGUUUGAAGGAAAUAUAAAUAUUAGAGUAAAAGUGCAGUCUGACCCAGACUCGCCUGUGCCACUGUUCAGACAGUGAAGAAUGAUGUACAUGCUAUGCAAUGCAUUGUUUAUGUUCUGUUGAAUUAAAGGAAAAUAACGUUACAGCUGUUAUCAGUUC